AUGACGAGGCCGAUCACGACGAUAUGUUGCAUCGGCGCGGGAUACGUGGGCGGGCCGACGAUGGCGAUGAUCGCGAAGAAGUGCCCGCAGAUCUCGGUCACGGUGGUGGACAUCUCGCAGCCGAGGAUCGACGCGUGGAACUCGAGCGAGCUGCCGAUUUAUGAGCCCGGGUUGGAUGAGAUCGUGUUCGAGUGCAGAGGGAAGAACUUGUUCUUUUCGACGGAUGUCGAAGGGGCUAUUCGAGACUGCGAGAUGAUUUUCGUCUCCGUGAACACGCCGACGAAGAAGACUGGUUUAGGAAAAGGUAAGGCGGCGGAUUUGACGUACUGGGAGUUGGCGGCGCGCACCAUCGCGGCGUGCUCCGAGAGUGAUAAGAUCAUCGUUGAGAAGUCUACGGUGCCCGUGCGAACGGCGGAGGCCAUUGAAAAGGUGCUCCAGCGCAACUGCCCGCACGACGGCGUGCGAUUCGACAUCUUGUCCAACCCAGAAUUCUUGGCCGAAGGUACGGCCAUUGUAGACUUGGAUGCGCCCGAUCGCGUGUUGAUCGGGGGUAAGAUUGAAAACGCCAAAGGUCAAGCGGCGGUGGACGCGCUCGUAGGCGUGUACUCCAACUGGGUACCGAAAGAGAACAUUCUGACCGCUAACUUGUGGUCUGCCGAGCUCUCAAAGCUCGCUGCGAACGCAUUCUUGGCGCAGCGCAUUUCUUCCAUCAACGCCAUGAGCGCGCUUUGUGAAGCGACCGGCGCGGAUGUCCAGCAAGUUUCGCACGCCAUCGGCACCGACACGCGUAUCGGCUCCAAAUUUUUGAACGCCUCGGUCGGUUUCGGUGGCUCGUGCUUCCAAAAGGAUAUCUUAAACUUGGCAUACAUUUGUGAGUGCCACGGCUUGCCGGAAGUGGCGGAGUACUGGCACAGCGUUGUCGGCAUGAACGACUACCAAAAGAGCCGCUUCGUCAAGCGCAUGAUUUCCGCCAUGUUCAACACGAUCAGCGGCAAGAAGAUUUCAAUGCUCGGUUACGCUUUUAAGAAAGAUACGGGUGAUACUCGUGAGUCUCCGGCUAUCGACGUCGGUCACGGCCUCAUCGAAGACGGUGCGAAGCUCAAUAUUUAUGACCCGAAGGUUGCUGCGGCGCAAAUCGCGUUGGACAUGGGCGAGGAAGCGAUGAAAUCCAUCACGUGCUGCAAGACUCACACUGAGUCUUUGACUGGUGCGCACGCCGUGUGCAUUAUGACGGAAUGGGACGAGUUCAAGACGUACGACUGGGAAGCGAUCUAUGGCGUCAUGCAAAAGCCGGCCUUUGUGUUCGACGGCCGCCUCAUCUUGGACCACCAGAAGUUGAAGGACAUUGGUUUCAUUGUGUAUGCGCUUGGGAAGCCUUUAGAUCCUUUCCUUUGCUCCGCCGAAGGCGCACCGUAA